AUGCAACUCAUUGGUGAACUGUUCUGUCCCCUUUCAUUGCGCCUGAUCGUGACUAACAUACCAGCUAUCGAACUGAUCGCCAAAAUAACGCUUCGUAUAGCGGAUCCUUUUGAAUAUUUCUGUGGCCGCACCUAUACGUAUGCGAUUGAUCUGGAAGAACAUCGAAGAGCGCGAGGUCACUUUCCUUCACAUGUCUGCAGAGGUAGUUGCAGACAUCCUCUAGUGGCUCAGUACGACUUUACCAUUCGUAAAUGUGGCUAUUGCGGCAAGCUCUAUAAGCGCCUAGAUAUCUUUAAAGACCACUAUAUUGCUACUAGGCAUUAUUUCUGCAAUGCAAGGAAGGCGGGAAAAGCCACUACGGUCAGUGCGGGCGAUCAUGUAUACAAGAUAUGUCGGCGAACCUUUCCAUCUCUCCAGUCUUUUCAACAGCAUUGUAAGUCGAUAAAGCACAAGCCAAUUAGCGCUCUGAGUUGCCCUAUCGGGGGGGGAUGCAAAAGAAAGUUCAGUGCGCCGUCGGCUCUGCUGCACCACCUAGAAAGUGGAAAGUGCUGUUCAGGCAUGGACCGCGAUGACAUCUACGACAUCGUUCAGCUAUACGACAAAGAUCACACGAUUCACACCCUCCCAAAACUCACACCUUCGAGCUCUACUUACUUAUCGCUACAUGGUUUAUCUCCUGGUUCCGGAACGCCAACAGCGUCCCUCGAUAGUCCAGAUGGCUGGCUACUGGUCACUCCUACACACUCUCAGGCUUUUCGUACGAUACAGGCUCUUCAGCAGCACAUAGUCUCUCCAACACACUAUAAUAAGGUCUACCACUGCCCACGUAACCCCCUUCCAAUCAACUCCAGCAAGGCUAAAACAAAGCAAGAAAAAGCAAAGCAAUUUACAACUCUCAGUGGACUAGCUCAGCAUUUAGAGAGUGGGGCCUACCUUGGUGGUAGGCAGACGUUCCUGCGUUGUAUUGAGCUCAUCCAACAGCAUUUGGGGCAAUGUGGACUUAGAGGGAUGAGCCUUCUAUUGCCAGGCUCCCAAGAUUGA